GGUCUGACUUUUUUAAAAUCUCGUAAAGGAAAAUAAUGAUAACUUGAAAAUGUUCACGUCCUUACUGUGCGUAUGAAAACUGUAAACCUACCAACUGGAAUGUGUUACCGAACUUAGAGCUGGCAUUCUCACGACCCCUCUCAUCUCUCCCGCCACGAACCUCUGGUUUGCUUGUCCUCUUUUUCUCUGCUGCAGUAACGAUUAUUCUUUCUUUUUUUACCGGGCGGGGGCGCUUUGCUGUGUGAGGAAAGAGCAGCAGCACACUGUGUUUAAAGGGGCUUUGUCUCCCCCAGUUUGCCUGUUAGGAGCAGUUAAUGAUCGAACUAGCUUAAUGAAUCCCCUUUGCUGCUCAGAGGGACCAGUUGGAUGGCUACAAUUAUCUCGUUACUCAUGAACUAUCUCUUCUAUCUACUCGCCUUGUUCGCCUACUCGGGAGUUUGAAAACUAAAACACGGAGUGGAGUAUUGGUGUCUCGAUUUCCAGACUGUCAGAUGUAAAAGUCGAUUGCCUUGAUUUUUGUCACCAGUAAACCUUGUAUUGGCAAAAGGAAUAGCACGUUAUGGCCUCUUCAUCAUCAUCCCUCUGCCGCAUCAUCCUUCUCUACCUGCUCCCCUCCUGUAGUUGGUUGACUGCUCUGGGACUUUCACCCAUGGACAGCAUGACAUCAUCAGAUCCCUUUCUCCGGGGCCCUCACUUCACCUCCUGUAAGUCCCAUGAGCAGGAGACGUUCCGAUGUUGGUGGAGCUCUGGAAGUUUCCAGAACCUCUCAGAACCUGGAGCUCUUCGAGUCUUCUACCUAAAGAAGAGCAACUCCAUUUCCAGUGAAUGGAGGGAGUGUCCUGAAUACUCCUCCUCAGUGGAGAACGAGUGUUACUUCAACAAGAACCACACUUUCAUCUGGACCAACUACUGCGUGGAGCUGCGCUCCCAGAACCAGAACAUCACCUAUGACCAGUUUUGCUUCUCUGUGGAGAAUAUUGUGCACCCUGACCCCCCUGUGAGACUGAACUGGACUCUGCUGAACGUGAGCCUCUCAGGCCUGCACUAUGACAUCAUGAUGAGCUGGGACCCUCCACCUUCGGCAGAUGUCAAACUAGGCUGGAUGAAACUUGUCUACGAAGUCCAGUACAGAAUGAAAAAAAGCACACACUGGGAUGCGUUGGAUGUUGACAGGUACACCCAGCAGACCAUCUAUGGCCUUCACACAGAAGAUGAGUACGAGGUGCACGUGCGCUGCAGGAUGCUUGGAUUCACAAACUUCGGGGACUUCAGUGACUCUGUCUUUGUGUAUGUGCCAGGAGGUUCCAGCAAAGAGUCCUCGUUUCCAGUUACGCUGGUCCUCAUCUUUGGGGUUGUGGGUGUGAUUACACUCUGUAUGCUUAUUGUCUUCUCUCAACAGCAGAGACUGAUGGUGGUACUACUGCCCCCUGUUCCAGAACCCAAAAUCAAAGGGAUAGACCCAGAACUACUUAAGAAAGGGAAACUGGAGGAGCUGAACUUCAUCCUGAGUGGCGGGGGUAUGGGGGGGCUCCACUCGUACUCUCAGGAUCUCUACCAGGAUGAACCCUGGGUGGAGUUCAUCGAGGUGGACUGGAAGUCUGAGCUCGAGGAAAAAGAGGACAAUCAGAGCUCUGACACCGAGCAUCUACUCGCGCUGCCUUACCCAAGCCACCACACUCACCUGGGCUGCACACACACUCUCAGUAUCCCUGAUGAUGACUCUGGUCGAGCUAGCUGCUACGAGCCAGACCUUCCUGAGCCGGGGGCUCUAUUGUUGAUGUCUACCCUUCUGUCCAGCCAACUCCACAAAGGUGAGCCCCUUCUGGGUAACCAAAGUUGGGUGAAAACCCCGAACCGGGAGGUUCCAGUUUUUGGCCUGGCUCCAGAAGUCCAGACUCAACUGGAAGAGACUCAGAGCUGCGUCAACGUGGAUUUCUACGCUCAGGUGAGUGAUAUUACUCCCGCUGGAGGGGUGAUGCUGUCCCCUGGUCAACAACCACGUUCCCAAGAGAACAGCACCAUCACGGAGCAGAGCGCGAAAGUUAAAGAGGAGAAAUGCGAAGAAGAGAGUGAAGCUGAGGAGUGGAGGAAGAGGGUGAAGCAGCUGUUGGUGUUACAUCCUGAGGGAGGGGGCUACACCACGGAAAGUAGUGCCCGCCACGUCAACACCCCCAUCCCCCCUUUACCCAGAGAGGAAUACCAAACUGUGCCCCCCCAGUCCCUGGAGACCACAUUUCAGCAGGGGUUCUUCUUGCACCCUGGUGCAGUGGUAGGGGAGUACCAGUCCCCCUACAUCGUCCCUGAGUCUCCCCCAGCCUUGUUCCUCCCCCCUGUUUCGGACUACACUGUGGUACAGGAUGUUGACUGCCAGCACAGCCUACUCCUCAACCCUCACUCACCCCAGACCCCCCCACAUGGCCCCCCUCAGCACCCCACAAAAUCCAACCCCACCAUACCCAUUGACUACCUCUCUCCAGACCUGCUGAGAGAAACUACAUCUCCUAACAUAACUGGGGGUUUUGUAGGGAGUAACUCAUAAUCACAAACAGACUGAUUGUACAUGAGCGCUGCUGCAAACCAAAUAUGUCACAACAUGACUAAACCGCAUGAGUAAAACCCACACAGUUUGUGAGGGAAGAUGCAGUAAGGAAUUUUGUGAAAAUAGAAUUUGAAAGUUAGGUUCUGUCAGUACUUUUGAAGUUGAAAUGUAACAGAUCAAAUGUUGUCAGAGAACGGUUUUUGAAGGCUCGAGGGGGUUAAAAGUGAAAUUUAUGUUAAACGCAUCCUAUCAGAACAAACUUUCAAAUCUAGCUUUUCUACACACUUCUUCACCCAUCCAGCACAAGAGCCAACCAACAAGUUGUGACUGACUGAAGCUUUAUGCACAAUAUCUGUUCCUUGGUGCCAUUUUACUCUGCCUUAACUCUUCUUAAGAACAUUAUGAUUUGAACAAACUAUGUCUAUAUUAGCUCGUGUUUUCACAAUGUUUUGAUGAAGUCAUAUUGUACAAGUUGAAGAAGGCAGCAGUACAGUCUGCAAUUAUAAAGGAAAACGUUCUUUCUAUACUCUCAAGAAUGAUAGCUGUGGCUAUUAUAUACCAACCCUAUAGCAGACUCUUCAUUAUAAAUAAGGGGCUGUUGUCUGUGCUCCUUCAUACGGUACAUUAAUUAUCUUCUGAUUACCUCCAGUGAGGACCUGACACAGGACCAUGGAAUAAGAGCCAUGAGACAGCAUGUUGUUCACGCCACAGUGAGUUCAGGUGCAGAAAUGAACUGAUAGCAUGAUCAAACAACAGUUAUCUCUCUAGCAGCAGCAGGGAGGAGCCAUCUGUAAAUGGUUUCUAUAAAAUAGCCUUAAUUACCAGACUUUACUUUUCUUGUGGAGGGACAAUAACUGGAAUCAUGCUACGUAUUUAAAGGUUCCUCUCAGUUUCUUUCAUGAUCUUUGUAUACUAUUAGUGCAUAUCUUAUGUAAAUGUCUGUCUUUUUUCAGUUAGGCUACUCUACUGUGCUUGAGCAAAUACCAAGUACGUAUAAAAAGUGGAAGACUAGUAGCUUGCACAUUACCCCACCCUUACAAGCAACCCAACACAAACAACACAUUCAAUUAAUCAAAACCUUGCAAAGAACCAUGACUGUCAAAUCAACACAUUAAGCAAAUAAUAGAAUCAGAACAACAUUUUUGUUACAUAGGAGCUGCUAUGCAGUUACACUUCAUUAUGGUUUAGAGGUACAAGUUAUUACACAAGUGAAACACACUGUGGAAGUUGGGAUUUCCAGGUGUGUAGAUAUAAUUGAUCUUGUUUUAUUAACACAACCUUCAACUGCCCUUCUACCAUGUCCACUUAUCCCAUGCCUUUCCUGCAUACUUUUCCUUCUUAUACUUUAGUAAAAAUCUAUACCGCUAACACUGAAUACCACUUAAUUGCAUAGCGAUUCCCAUGUACCUUCAAUGUUUUAGAUAUUGCUAUGCAGUUCCGUGUAGUUAAUGUAACCUUAAUGUAAAGUGUUGCCAUCAAUUCUACUAGAUCACAGAGGUGUGUUGUAUUGGAUAUAGAUUAAAUGUAUCGCGAUGGGGACGAUGUUAGGCAUGAAGAGCAGCAGACAGUACCUUGUCAAUGCAUUAUGAGCACACACAACGGACUGAAACAACUAACACAAUGACCAUGUGUUAAUGACCUUUUAUCCUUUAUAAGAAGACCUUGAUAACAUCAAACAGCUAUAAAUAAGCUUUAUUAUUAUGAUGAUUUCAUAGGCUGCAUUAAAAGCUCUCAUUCCGUUACAAUGCCUGUUUUUAAAAGAAUGAUUCAAAAAGUGAAAUAUAGAUCUUUGUAAUGUUACUGCCUGAUGAGAUAUUUAUCUUCAUGCUUCUGUAGAGUAAUGUGGUAGGUCAUUCUGAACCCUCUGUGGCAACAGUUCACAUACGCUUGGGAAAUGAGGAUAUGCAUAAGCAUUAUGAGAUACUAUGUAUCACACAGCACGUCAUGAGCCUUGCUUGCUCCCUUGGUCCCAUUGAGAAACCUCUCAAUGAUCUUCGGCCUGUGCUGUGAUCAUUAUGUUAUCAACUAGAAAUGUCUUAACUCUGUUAGUGCCCUAAAGUACAUGUACGUCUGCAUAAAUAUUUUGUUACAAAUUCAAACAUUGUACUGCUUGCUUGAUUAGUACAUGUUUCUAUUUGCAUUAAGCCUUACCAGAGGUAGGCCGAGUUUGCAAAGUAUGCGGUGAAAUGUAAUGCAUAAAGACCUAAUUCUACCGUGUCAUAUGAAAUAUGUAUAAUCUAUCUGCAAUGUUUUGAAUCCUAACUAAUGUUAGGCUUAGAUCUCUCUCAGUGUAUACAGUAAAUUAAGACAUAUUAUUUAGAGAAAUACACCGAAGAAUAGGCUUCAGUUGUUUAUUUUGUAAUUGUGUAUGUCUGCAGACUGGAAGGAUUAUGCAUGGCAACCCGGCAUAUAUUUUUUGCAUACUGAAACUGAAUGAUGAGACUCAGAUAGUUGCCAAGGUUACAAAUAGAAGGAAUGGAAUGUUUACGUUUGAGUUUUAACAGUAUGUUGGUAUGAGCGUAUGUUAGUCAAUUUUUGUUUAAACUUUGUAAUCUUACUGACACUUUAAAGCAUGCACUUUCUACAAAUUGUAUUACAUAUGAGUGGUGUAGUCCACAAUUUGUAUUACAGACUAAAUCAAAACUCUUUAAGCUAUUUAAUAAUAAUAUAGGUUCUAACCCAAUAUAAAAAUACUCCAACAUAAUAAGAACUCUGUAAUAUCAGUAUGCUAUUAGUGUUAAUAUGUUCAUCUAAUAUUAAAUGCUGUAUACACUUUUGAUCAGGAUUGUUUGAUAGAUACACAGUAAAAAAUAUGGCAUACUGUAUGAUUUGUGUAAAAAGUUAUAUCCCCCAAAGAUGUGACCACAGAAGUUUGUCACGCAUGGGCUCAAGAGUUUAUAAAGAGGUUGAACAGAGGUAAUAAAGAUGUCUAGACUGCUUUAUACCUACACAUCUCGAUGGAUAAUAAUUAUUUUCAUUAAGGAUGUAGUUGUCCUAGUUUUAUCUGUAAAUCCAUUGUAAGUAUUUUCACUUGACAAACACAGUAUUAUAUGUUUCAAAUUGUGCUAUUGAGGUCAACAGAAUACUCUUUUCUGAUCUGAUAUGGGUAGUCCCUUCAAAUGUGCUUCUUCCACGCAUCAUGUGCAAAUCUGUACUGUGCAAAACCAGAUUGUUUCUGUUGAAGUAUUCAUUUGCAGCCAGACACAUUAAUGUGCCCUUAGUAGGCAAGCUAGUUAUGCUCUAAAAAGCUUAGUUGCAUUUGGUGAGGAUCAGUAGUGUCUAAAAAAAAUAUCAAGCUGUAUUUUAUGGUUUUGUGUUUUUCUUGACAAUCAAGCAUUUGGUUUUUGUCAAGUUACUUUCAAAAAGUCAAACAAUAAAUAUGUAUAUUUAGACA